AUGGACACCACUGUCGUUCCCACAGACAGCAGAGCUGGCUCAUUCCUACUGAGCACUUUUAUUCUACUAGGUAUUGCUUGGAUUGUCUACUUUUGCCGAAUCUACACCCGGAUAUACAUUGUUCGGGGCAUCUUCCCCGAAGACUACUUCAUCACCAUCGGAAUGACCUCAUUAACCAUCUUCGCCGCAAUGGUCCCAGUGCAAACAUCCCACGGCGGCGGUGCACAUUUCCUCAACAUCCCCAACCCAGAGUACAACAUCCCACGCUGGGGCCAUGCCUUCUUCAUCGCGCAGCAAAUGUACGUCGUAACGCUCUUUGGCGUGAAGAUGUCMAUUGCCUUCCUCUURCUACGAUUCAGUGCAUCCAAAGCCCUUGAUUGGACAUUAUACGGAGUUGCGGGCGUCACGACAGGCCUCACCAUUGCUUUCACCCUCUGGCUUACCUUUCAAUGCUCUCCCGUUGCGGCGCAAUGGGAUACCAGUAUUGAAGGUGUUUGCGUCAGUCGCGACGCUUAUGUGGAUUCCGUCUAUAUCUUGAGUGCUUUUUCGGCUGCUACUGAUAUCAUCACGGCUAUUGCWCCGAUUUUCGUGUUGAGAAAUUUGACUUUGGAUCAAAAGUCGAAAUGGUCUGCUGCGAUUACUAUGGGUCUUGGUUCAGUUGCUUGUAUCGCCACUAUAGUCCGCUUCAAGUUCAUCCGCGACUUCUCCAUCUCCACGGACGUAACCUACGCAAUGGUUCAUCUGAGCAUCGCAAGUUUUGUCGAAGUCGCCUUGGGCUGUAUCUGCGCAUCUCUCGCAACGCUGCGUCCAUUCUUGCAAGGAUUCUUGGUCCGUAAUCAGAGAGGAGAACUUUUGGGGGAGGAAGAAGCCGAACCCCCGGGUAUCGAAGUCUCGGCGUGUUAUGAUGAGGCGCAUAAGAGCUGGGAUACGCAGGAGACUGUUGAGGAGGAUGAGUUGAUCCCUGCGACGAGAAAGUAUAGUGGAGUAUGA